UUUGUUGCGAUAGUCGUGUUAUUAAAGUGAAACCGAAGACCGGCUUGGAAACAUUUGCUUGCAAUUCCGUAACAGCCUUUCUUUCGGCAAUUAUCACUGUACAUUUAUUAUUCACUGAUAAAGAGUAUAGAGAAAAGCUAAAAUUAUGGCAAAUCCAAAUCCCACCAUAAAAUAUACAAAAUUGUUUAUCAAUAAUGAAUUUGUGGAUUCAGUCAGUGGGAAGAAAUUCCCGACAAUAAGUCCGGUAACGGAGAAAGUUAUCAUUGAAGUUGCGGAAGGUGAUAAGGCGGAUGUUGAUCGUGCUGUUGCCGCUGCAAAAAAAGCAUUUGCACGAGGAUCGGAAUGGAGGAAAAUGGAUGCUUCUGGACGUGCAAAAUUAAUGAACAAGUUUGCUGACUUAAUGGAACGAGAUGCAACUUAUUUGGCCAACAUAGAAACAUUAGAUUGUGGAAAGACAUUCACAAGUGCAUUGGGCGAUGUAAGUGCAAGUGUCGCAACAAUUCGUUACUAUGCUGGAUGGUGUGAUAAAAUUCAUGGAAGCACAAUUCCUGUUGAUGGAAACAAUUUUGCUCUAACUAGAAAAGAACCAGUUGGCAUUGUCGGACAAAUAAUCCCAUGGAAUUAUCCAAUUGCAAUGGCUUCUUGGAAAUUGGGUCCAGCAUUGUGUACCGGUUGCACUAUUAUUUUGAAACCAGCCGAACAAACGCCACUAAGCGCUCUUUAUCUAGCAUCAUUGAUCAAAGAAUCAGGAUUCCCAGCUGGAGUUGUAAAUGUCAUUCCUGGUUAUGGUCCAACAGCUGGUGCUGCAAUUUCAGAACAUCCCGAUAUUAAUAAAGUCGCCUUCACUGGAUCUACAGAUGUUGGUCAUCGUAUUAUGGCUGCAUCCGCGAAGAGUAAUUUAAAACGAGUUAGUCUUGAACUCGGUGGCAAGAGUCCUCUCGUUAUAUUCGAUGACGCUGAUCUUGAUGAGGCGGCAGAAAUUGCCUACAAUGCUCUCUUUGACAAUCAUGGACAAAGUUGUUGUGCCGGUUCACGAACUUUUGUACAAGCAAAAGUUUACGAUGAGUUUGUAAAGCGAGCAAAGCAGUUGGCACAAAGAAGAAAAGUUGGCGAUCCAUUUAAGUCUGAUACUGAUCAGGGACCUCAAGUUGAUCGUGACAUGUUCGAAAAAGUUAUGGGCUUGAUUAAAUCCGGAAUUGAUGCCAAGGCAAAAGUUGAAACUGGAGGAAAACGCGUUGGCAAUGCUGGAUUUUUCAUUGAGCCAACGGUCUUCUCUAAUGUCACUGAUGAAAUGAGAAUUGCCAAGGAGGAAAUAUUUGGACCAGUGCAGAGUAUUUUGAAAUUCGAAACAUUGGAGGAAGUUAUUGAACGUGCGAAUCGAACAAAAUAUGGUCUUGCCGCUGGAGUGAUUACGAAGGACAUUAAUAAAGCUUUGACUUUUGCUCAAUCAGUCGAAGCUGGCAGUGUUUGGGUUAAUUGUUACGAUGCCAUUACGCCCCAAACACCAUUUGGAGGUUACAAAUUAUCAGGCAUUGGUCGUGAACUUGGAGAAGAGGGCUUGAAACAAUAUCUUGAAGUCAAAACAAUCAACAUUAAAAUGCCUUGAAUAAAUUUUUUUUUUUUAUCAACGAAAUUAUAUUUCUGAAUAAAAUUACAAUUAUACUAUAUUUUAUCAAUAAAUAAUAGAGCAAA